AUGUACUCCGCUGUUACCUUCCUCCUCAACCACAUGGGCGCCGUCGCUCUCUCCCUCCUAUCUAUCUACUUCGUGAUUCACGCCGGAUACCAACUCUUCUUCUCCCCGCUCAGCAACAUUCCUGGCCCUCGGCUUGCGGCCAUCUCCGACCUUUGGCUCACUACCCACGUCCUCCGCCUCCAGCAAUGCAAGAUUAUCCACCAACUUUUCGAAACUUACGGCCCCGUCGUGCGCAUCGGACCUAACAAGGUCGUAUUCAAGGACCUCACCACCUCCAAGAGCGUCUACGCAGUCCACCGCUUUGACAAGAGCCCCUACUACAAGAGCCUUCUAACGAAUGAUAACGACCAUGCGAUGACCACUUUACCUCACGGACCUCAUGCCGCCCGCAAGAAGAGCUAUGCUCCUCACUAUACCCUUGGCAGUCUCUCAACUUUUCAACCCGACAUGCAUCAUUUCACCUUGCAGCUCAUGGACAUCCUCAACGGGUUCCAGGGUUCAAAGUCCUUGGACUGCUUGGUUCUCUUCCGUCAGCUGAUGGUGGAUGUUAUCUCUGUCUCUUCCUUUGGUCACCGGUACGGAGCCCUCAGUCGAUGGGCGCCUGAUGCCCAAGACCCCCUCUCUGUUGCUAUCGGCGACUUUCCUAAGCGCGGCAUUUUGCGCAGCGCGGUCCCCACGUGGGCUUGGAACCUAGUUUGCCGCAUUCCCAACGAGCGUUGGCGUUUGUUGUGCGACUCGGAUAAGAUCAUGGCUCAGUUUGUCAGCGCUAGAGUGUACGAGACCAGUCAGCAGAUGACCGCCGGGAAGCUCGAGCCUUCUGAGCAGAUCACGUUGGCCCAGCGUCUCCUCCAAUUUCGCCAGCCAGCUACCGGUGAGGUCAUGUCUAACCAGGACGCCAUCUCUGAGCACAUGGGUCACAUGAUUGCUGGAUCUGACACUACUUCGACAACCUUGUCAUACCUAUGCUGGGAGCUUACUCGCCGUCCCGACAUCGUCAAGAGGCUCCAGGCAGAGAUCGACGUGGUCAUGCCGGAUGGGACGGUGCUUCCGGACUUCACUGCGCUGCAAAGCUUGCCCUAUCUCCACGGGUUUAUCCAAGAAGGGCUCCGCGUAUACGGUGCUGCUCCUAGUCUCCUCGAGCGUGUUGUACCUUCCUCGACAUCCAAGAACAGCGUCUUCUCCGAGGCAUACGACUUGAUGGGCUUCGCCCUACCUCCUGGAACGGUCGUCGGUACUCAAGGCUGGUCGAUGAAUCGUGAUCCAGCUGUCUUCCCGUCGCCCGAGACCUUCCUUCCCGAGCGUUGGUUAAACGAGUGCUCCAGCCCCGAGCAGAUCAACAUGAUGAACCAGUACCUGAUGCCCUUCGGAACUGGUGCUCGUAUCUGUGGCGGUCGCAACCUCGCUCAGAUCAUGAUGAGGUUCGUUAUGGUGGCUAUGGUUCGCAAUUUUACCAUCACCGCCCCUCUCGAGACGAACGAGAAGAGCAUGGAGAUGAAGGAUAGCUUCGUUAUCUUCCCUGCCUCAAUGAACUGCAAGCUUGUCUUCAACCCCCGCGAUUAA